AUUGGUCAGAGAGUGUCGUCACUGAAGAGUCACGAGCGCGAUUUCAAAGCAACAAUGUUCAACUGUAGAUCAAAGUUAAAAAGACUUCCAAAUCCUACUUAAAAUCCCAAAAUCUAGCAGACUAACUCCUCCUCCUCCUCCUGCAGAGGCAAGGUUGGUCUCAGGAAUGCCUGGUUCUCUAUUCGACAUCAGCCAAGACGACCGUGGCCUUCAGGAGGCUGUCCUUGCCGCCACCUACUCCUUCAACAACCAAUCAAACGACGCGUUCCUCUUCAAACCUUCUGCCAUUCACAGAGCGCAGAAACAGAUCGUUCGAGGCGUCCGUUACCUCGUGGACGUGGACAUUUCCAGAACUGUGUGUCGUAAAGGAAACAACGACUUUUCCCAGUGUGACUUUCAGCCUGAAGGUCAACUGCAGCAGACCUUUCACUGUCACUCAGACGUCUGGGUCCUUCCCUGGAAAAACGAAGUCAGAAUCCUGGAUUUUCCCUGUGAAUCCUGAGACCCUCCAUGUCUCUACGUGUCAGCUGGGUCACCCUUUGCUGGUCAGGUGAUGAACAGCAGGAAAUAAAUGUUCCCUUUAUCAAAUGUGGAACUGAAUAAAUUAUGAAUUAAACUGAA